AGCUAAGGCAUUCGCGCCUUUCUCAUUUACAAAAAGCACGUUUCCUCCAUCAGUGGCGUUUUGAAGUUUUUGGCGAGCGAACCUCCGCGCCUUUCGAACUGAGUUUAGAUCUCUUGUUGCAGAGAAAAUCUCCACUGUACGGCUCGGAAGCUUCGUUUUUCUCCAUUAACAUCUGUCUUGUCAGUAUAAUGUUGCAAUGGAUGGGAGGAUCAAGACGGAAAGUGACCACUUCAAGAAAGUCGACAGAAAAGAGGCAAAGACAGUACUUUGAACAAAGGAAGCGGCAAAAACAGACUGCUGAGUUAGGGAACUUUUCUGAUGAAAUGAUCCCUUGUGGCCAACAAGUCCAACUCCACGACAAACCUCAGUCUUUGGAUAUACUUAGUUUGCUGAACUUAAAGAGAGUUACUGAAGAAAGCAAUUCUGGUUGCACCACCGCAAAGGAAAAUCCAGUAAUCAAUGAUUCACCAGUGUACUUGAAGUGUGGAAUGCCAAGCAUCCCAAAAAAGGUCUCUCGUAGGCAGUCCGUUGAUCUCAAGGAAGCAAAAAAUGUACCAUCAAACCGUCAAUUGGAUACUGAAUCACCAAAGAAUUUCCCAUCUCCUAGUAACUACUCUUCCGAUGGAAAUGGUGAUAAACUGGAUUACUGGAGAACCGCUACUGAAAACCAGUUAUCUAUUCUUGAUGUACUUGGUGAUGAUGGACCAAAUAGCAAUGCAGAAGAAAGUCCAAUACGUGAAGCUCAUGUUGCAUUUUCUGUAGAAGGUUUAGGUAUAGUGGGGAUGGAAACACCAGUUUGUUCGCCAAGACCAUCUGGCCGAAUAUUAUUUGAUGGCUGCUCUUCACCACCAAGGGCUGUUAAACGAUUUCACUCAUCCAAGGACUUUACUUACAUCAUGGAUGAUGAAGGGCUUGAACUGAAUGCCAUGAUACAUGAUAUCAAUAUGCCAUUUGGUGGCAACUCAUCCAAGAUACCUUCGAAACCACGGAACACUGUGCAUCAAUCUGGCAAUCCAAAAAACAAAAAAUUCACUUUCCAAGGCUGCAUGCAACCUGAUCCCGAUGAUAAUCAAAUUGACUACUUUCCAGGUGAAGAGAAGUACCUCUGCAACGAUAUGGCCAAGUAUGGGUUCCUAACAGGCAACAAUGUUGAUGAGAGGAAAUAUGGUGUACAUUGGGGGAGUCGAUCCGAUCAAACAGAUUGUGACUUGGACAAUCUAUUGGGAAAUAGAAAACAAAUCCAUCAAUCAAGCCCUGCUGAUGAAGAUUUUUAUGUACAUUGCAUGAGAGAUGCAGAGAGAGCAGUUAGCCAUGUCAACAUUUUAGGGCCACCUUCUCUGCAUUCUGAGGACCCUGCAUCGGACAAAGAAUAUUUCUGUGUGUCAAAAGAUAAGCCAAGGUACACUUCAUUGGAUGCAAAUUGGGACUUUGGCACUUGUACCGAUCAACCAGCUUGGUCUUUCAUGACAGAAGAUGCAGUGGAUAGCAUGAGUUUAUUAAGUGAAGAGUCAUGCUCAUCCAGUGCAGUGAGGGGUGACAAAUGUUAUAAUUCUGCACCAAACUCAAGUAGGAUGAAAAAAAGAAUGCCAAGGCAGGGAAAUGAUGUCUGCAGGAGCUCAGAAAACAACUAUGGUGUUGAGAAUCUUUAUGCAGAAGAAACACAGAACCAAAACAAGGAUGAAAUUCAGCAUGGAAACAAUGUGGAAGUUCCAGGAAAGUACCCAAGUGUGCCAAAACAGAUGAGGUCUAAACUAGAGGAUUACUCAAAAGAGCUGUACACUGUCCAGGAAAAUCCAAGACAGCAACCAAGAUGGCCAUUUGUGGAUGAAUAUUCUUCUGCUGAUAAAGAUUUAGGUCUUGGUUCUUUCUGCACUGCAGAAGCAGAACCCAUGUCUUUGGACUUAGAGUUCUUCUCAGAGGAUCGUUUUAACAUAUCAUCAUCCUCAAAGCGAUCCAAAUUUGAUGUUACUUCAAAGUGUGCAUAUGCUACCAAUGAAAAAGCUGCGGUCCAGCAACCUCCCAGUCCUAAGAAUUCUUAUGGUUCCCCCAUUUUCUCAAACACAGAAUCCAGUUCAAAGAAGCCAGAUGUAUCUCCAGCUGCCAGAACGGAAGGCAAGCCUCCAGAUUCAUCUGAUGCUGUCGAUUUUUUAGAAUGUAUAGAGGUUCAGGAUGUGUCUAGGUGGGAAAGUAUCAGCAAAUAUCAUGAAGAGAAAUCAGAAUUUCAGCACACAUACUGUGGAAAUUUUUUUGAGGAGAUACAAAAAGAGAUUUCCAUGGGGAAGUUUGAGCUAACCUCAGAAAAUGAUAAAGUGUCAAGUGACAUAGAACCUAAUGACAACUGUGGUGAAUGCAAUGUGGCAAAUGAUAAUACUCGGGAGCAAAUAUUGAAGUCAAAGACAAGUUCUCCUGACCAUGCAGAGGACAAUUCAUCAAGUAUAAAGGAUAAACCCGGCAAGCUUGAGGAAACUACAGAUGUAAAGAAAUGUCAAUUUGAUGCUCUAGUUCAUCUUGCUUCUCCAAAUUGGACUAAAGAAAAAGAUCCAUCUAGACCCAAGAGAAGGAAUACUGAGGGUAAUGGGCAAAAUGGUAAUGUUAGCCCAACUUACCAGAUCAUGCUUCAAAGCUAUGUUCAGCUCCUCUGUGUGCAGAAAGGUGCUAAAAGAGGCAAAUGAGCACGUCAGUUUGAAGAAAGCUUAAUGCUUUAUUCAUACCUUCCUCUUUUUGAUUGACAAGGUAGGGCUAUCAGAAAUUAUGGAACCAAGACAUUGUGCUUUAGUAAUAUGAACUGAAUGAUUUUCAGAGCCCUAUAAUUGCCUACCUGAGGAUCCAGAAAUCACAUGUAACAUUUUGUAGAAA